UGGGCGCAUGGCUGGACAAGCAGCGACAAAACGCGCGGAAUGGGCGGCAGAGAGCGCGGACGUGGCCGUGUCGCUCGUGCUGCUCGCGGUGGUUGUGUUGCUCAGUGAUCUGGUUCGGCGGAUGCUGGGAAGGGUCCUCGCGCAAACCGGGUUCCAGGUGCACGCGGCAGAGUUUGUAUCCACACUGCAGCUGUGCUGCUGCACGCACGAGCUGCGCGUGCUCUCGGACGUGGGCAAGAUCGAGCGUCGCUUCGCGCACACCCUGACGUAUGUGGCGGCAGUGGUGCACGGACUCACGUUCAGAGAUGCCAUCGGCAAUCCGGCCUGCACGCUCGUGCACACUUAUCGCCAGAAGCUCGUGCCUAGCGCAGCUCUGUGGCGGAUAGCUUGUCAGUUCGCAGCUGCCGCAACCGCGCGCGUGCUGAUGCCACUGGCGUGGAGCCUCGGUGUGUCCAGUAUGCACAUGCGGCACCGGGCUGGCGAGUUCCAGUGCACGAGUCCCAUUGACGCACCGCUCGCUGCCACCGCAGUUGAAAUUGCGUGCGCAUUCGCGGUACAAACUGCUGUUACGCACACGCGCAGCCUGGAGGAAAAAUAUCGCGUGCACGCUGUAGCAGCAGUCAUCACCACCGCAGUGUACGCAGGAGGCCCGAGCACUGGAGCCGUGUUUAACCCCGCACUGGCCUUCUCCACACAGUUCCGCUGUGACGGCCGCUCCCUUUCAGAGUAUUGCCUGGUGUACUGGCUGGGCCCGGUGCUAGGGAUGCUUGGCUCCGUGUUGCUCUGUGAUUGGCUGGAAGGAUGGAAACCGGUGCGCUCGAGGUGAGGAGGCCUCGGGAGGUGCAGGUCCCGGGGA